AUGGAAUUCACUGAUGAUUCCGAGGACGUAGAACAAGAUAACGAGGUCCUAGAGGAACCUGUCUUGCCUCCAAAGGAAUCAACUGCACCUAUUCCAUUAGCCCAUGUCUCUAACACUUCUGAUAAUUCCAAAGAAGAGGCGUGGUUUGAUGAAGAUAUGUUUUUCAAUGAGGUGAAUCCCACUAAAGCGAACACUGUCACUUCAAACGAUGAUGUGUAUUUUGAUGAGACGAAUGAAGUUAAUACGCACGAUGGUGACUCCAAUUCAUGUAAUGAUGACUCCGAUUCCGAUGAUUCUGAAGAAGAGAUCCCAGACGAUUCAGAUGAUGAUGGAUAUAAUAGAUACAGUGGAUACGGUGGAUAUAAUGAAUAUGGUGAAUGUGAUAGAGUCAUAGAGGUUAUUACUAUCGUGACGGAAGAUACGAAAGAAAAUCCUUUCCAAUGA